GACGGGAUAAUGGGGCGGGGGCGGGGAGCAGAGGUGAAGAGGCUAUCCGAGUAUCCAGACUGCGUGUGCGCUAGCCGCCUCUGCUACCGCCCCUGCUGCGUCAGGACUCCUGGACCGUCCCUCCUCCCCUCUCCGUCUCCCCAUCAUCUCCCCCCGCCCCCGACCGAGCGGUGACUUAAGCAACGGAGCGCGGUGAAGCCCAUUUUUUUCUCCUUUCUCGCAGCGGCGCCGGACAGCCCGCGGCUCGCGGCCCUCGCUCCGGCCCGAGAUGAAUGCUGCAGCCGAAGCCGAAUUCAACAUCCUCCUGGCCACAGACUCUUACAAGGUUACUCACUAUAAACAAUACCCUCCCAAUACAAGCAAAGUUUAUUCUUACUUUGAAUGCCGUGAAAAGAAGACUGAAAACUCCAAAAUAAGGAAGGUGAAAUAUGAGGAAACAGUAUUUUAUGGGUUGCAGUACAUUCUUAAUAAGUAUUUAAAAGGUAAAGUAGUGACCAAAGAGAAGAUCCAGGAAGCCAAAGAGGUAUACAAAGAGCAUUUUCAAGAUGAUGUCUUUAAUGAAAAGGGAUGGAACUAUAUUCUUGAGAAAUAUGAUGGGCAUCUUCCAAUAGAAGUAAAAGCUGUUCCUGAGGGCUCUGUCAUUCCCAGAGGAAAUGUUCUCUUCACAGUGGAAAACACAGAUCCAGAGUGUUAUUGGCUUACAAAUUGGAUUGAGACCAUUCUUGUUCAGUCCUGGUAUCCAAUCACUGUGGCCACAAAUUCUAGAGAGCAGAAGAAAAUACUGGCCAAAUAUUUGUUAGAAACAUCUGGUAACUUAGAUGGUCUGGAAUACAAGUUGCAUGAUUUUGGCUACAGAGGAGUCUCUUCCCAAGAGACUGCUGGCAUAGGAGCGUCUGCUCAUUUGGUUAACUUCAAAGGAACAGAUACAGUAGCAGGAAUUGCUUUAAUUAAAAAAUACUAUGGAACAAAAGAUCCUGUUCCAGGCUACUCUGUUCCCGCAGCAGAACACAGUACCAUAACAGCUUGGGGGAAAGACCAUGAAAAAGAUGCUUUUGAACAUAUAGUAACACAGUUUUCAUCAGUGCCUGUAUCUGUGGUCAGCGAUAGCUAUGAUAUUUAUAAUGCGUGUGAGAAAAUAUGGGGUGAAGAUCUAAGACAUUUAAUAGUAUCAAGAAGUACAGAAGCACCACUAAUAAUCAGACCCGAUUCUGGAAAUCCUCUUGACACUGUAUUAAAGGUUUUGGAUAUUUUGGGUAAGAAAUUCCCUGUUACUGAGAACUCAAAGGGCUACAAGCUGCUACCACCUUAUCUUCGAGUUAUUCAAGGGGAUGGAGUAGAUAUUAAUACUUUACAAGAGAUUGUAGAAGGCAUGAAACAAAAAAAAUGGAGUAUUGAAAAUGUUUCUUUCGGUUCUGGUGGAGCUUUGCUACAGAAAUUAACAAGAGACCUCUUGAAUUGUUCCUUCAAAUGUAGUUACGUUAUAACCAAUGGCCUUGGGAUUAAUGUCUUCAAGGACCCAGUUGCUGAUCCCAACAAAAGGUCCAAAAAGGGCCGAUUAUCUUUACAUAGGACACCAGCAGGGAAUUUUGUUACACUAGAGGAAGGAAAAGGAGACCUUGAGGAAUAUGGUCAUGAUCUUCUCCAUACUGUCUUCAAGAAUGGGAAGGUGACAAAAAGCUAUUCAUUUGAUGAAGUAAGAAAAAAUGCAAAGCUGAAUAUUGAACUGGAAGCAGCACCUCAUUAGGCUUUGUUUUCUGACUGCGUGAGUGUUCUUGCCUGUGUGUGAGAAUGUGUGAUACAUAACACAUUGUACAGAUGUGUGGGGUUUCUUUAUUUUAUGAUACAUUACAGCCAAAUUAUUUGUUGGUUUAUGGACAUACUGCCCUUUAAUUUUUUUCUUUUUUUCCAGUGUUUAGGUGAUCUCAAAUUAGGAAAUACACUUGACCAUGUAAAAGAUCAAUGCUCAAGUAAGCUUUUUAGGCCCUUUGCCAAUAGAUAGUAAUUUAAUCUGGUAUUGAUCUUUUCUCAAAUAACAGAACUGAGAAACUUUUAUAUAUAACUAAAGAUCACAUAAAACAGAUUUGCAUAAAAUUAUGAUUGCUUUAUGUUUAUAUUUAACUUGUAUUUUUGUACAAACAAGAUUGUGUACGAUAUAUUUAAAGUUUCAGUGAUUUAACACUUUCCAACUUUUCAUGAUUUUUAUGAGCACAGACUUUCAAGAAAAUACUUGAAAAUAAUUUACAUUGCCUUUUGUCCAUUAAUCAGCAAAUAAAACAUGGCCUUAACAAAGUUGUUUGUGUUAUGUACAAUUUGAAAAUUAUGUUGGGACAUACCCUAUAGAAUUACUAAUUUCACUGCCCCUUGUAGAAUAUGUAUUAAUCAUUCUACAUUAAAGAAAAUAAUGGUUCUUACUGGAAUGUCUAGGCACUGUACAGUGAUUAUAUACGUUGGUCAUUGUAUUGUACCAGUGAAAUGCCAAAUCUGAAAGGCCUGUACUGCAGUUUUAUAUGUCAGAUAUUGCCUGUGGCUAUAAUAUGCACCUCAAGAUUUUAAGGAGAUAAUGUUUUUAGAAAGAAUUUUUGCUUCCACUAUAGAAUAUAUACAUAAAUGUAAAAUACUGACAAAAAUGGAAGUAGUGUAUUUUAAAGUAAUUACACGUCUGAAUUUAUUUUUCCUAUUCUAUGGUUAAUAUGACUUAAUACUGGAAUGGGUAGUCAGUGUACUUAUUAUUUUAAAUUUUUUGAUUCUGUUAUAUUUUUCAUUAAGUUUUUUAAAAAAUUAAAUUGAACAUUAAAUUGUAUGGACAUCAUUUAUUAAUUUUAAACUAAAUCCCUUAAUAAAUAGGAUUUCAUUAAGUUUUUAAAUGAAGAUGAAUGAUCCCCAAUGAAAAAGCAUGAUGACAUGUUUGAAUAGAAGAAUCUUAACCAGAAGCAGAAAGUUGGCUAAUUUCAAAGUGUUCAACCUCACAAUGUUCUAGAGUGUUAACUGCUAGAUUCUGAGUCAGUCAGCACAUCUGACAGGAGACCAUUUGUUUGUCUUUUGGGGUUUAUAAUUGAUUCCUUUACAUAUAGGUCUAUUCUUGUAAGGCAGGGGGUUGGACAUCUAUGGCCCACAGGCCAAUUUGGACUGCGCUUUGUUUUUGCUUUUGCUUUUUUUUUUUCUUUCUUUCUUUUUUUUUGGUAAAAUCUUGUCCGUGGCAGCUUUCUUAGGCAGUAGCAGGAAUAGUUGCAGUAGUGACCACAUGGUCCAGAAAGCCUGAAAUGUUUAUUAUCUGGCUCUUCAGGAGUGUGCCUUGAAUUUUAUGAGAAAUAAUGGUUUUCAGGGAAGAGAGGAGGCUAAGUUGAUACAGAGUUCGUCUCUCUUUUGUCCUUUCUUUUCUCAUCAAAGAAUCUGGUUGGAAGACCGAUUUAGAAAAGCUUUAACAUAUUAAAUGUGAAAUUUUAUAAAUUGAAAAGCCAUAAGUCAUCUGACCUGAACAGUUACACGAGAAAGUAAUUUUUUUUGCAGAUGAUUCUAAACACUUGUUUAAUGUGAAUAGUAAGCGUUAUUCUCUUUCAGUACAAGUUUUCGUCCUGUAAUUUCUGGUAAAAAAUAAUUUUAAGCUGAUUUUUAAAAUGUAUCCAAGUAACAAUUAGUAGCAUUAAAAAGAACACAUCUUCACAAAAUGUGCUAAGGGGCUUAUAGUAAAUUAAAAGAAAAUACAUUUAUUACCAAUAAUACCUGUGAUGACCACCCAUAAGUUUGAUUUUGUUCAAACACUGGAAUUAUACUACAGACAGUAUUAUUUUGUACUGUGAAUUUCAGCAGUUUCAGAGUAUCUAGAGGAGUUUUAUUUUAAAAUUUUCAGUGAAUGCUAAAAUCUGUACAUUUGGACAUGGCCAUAGAUGGCAGGGCAGAAUGAUUAAUUCUGUUAGCUCUUAGCCACUUGUAACUGAUUAAUCCUGAAUUUCCAUCCUAAGCACUUAGUAUUAGCCCAUCACCAUUCUGAGUAGCAGUGGUUAACAUAGAUAAUCAGAUAGAACUCUGCCAUGUCACCCUUAAAUCAGCCUAACUAUACCAGGCAAAAGCAAAUGGCAUGUGGGUUUGCUUAAAUCUUUAGAUUUGCAGCUAACAUCAGUUAAUCCUCCUCAAUUCGUAACAUCAUGAAGUAUUUGUAUUUUAAAUAGGAGAUAGGAGUUCUGUGUUAAGACUCUUUAUUUGUACUCUAUACUUAAAGUAAAAUGGUUUUAGUGAUUAUCCCUUAUUUCCUUUCUUGAAAUAAAUUGUUAUGAAAAAUAUUUUAUAAUUUGGAAAACUAGAAAGAGAAAAAUGGCAAGGUAUUUAUUGUUCUGUUUGCCAUAAUUUAGAAUUCAACAUUUAAACAAGUAUUUUGUAGUUUUACAUUCCUUUUUAACCCAUUCAGUGGAGAAUGUCCACUUUUCUCCAAAGUUGUAUGUUAAAUCAAUUCUAAUAUGUAUUCGACAUCAAAGAUAAACAUUUAAUAAACAUGGAAAUAAAGUUUAGCUCUAUUAGUGAAACGUUAAAUUUGACUGUGUGCUUCCAAUAAUGGCAUAUUUCUAGACUUGCCUUUUUUUGGUCUUCCUUCAGUUCAAAGAAUUACAGAGUGAGAGGGAGAGGUGUCAAAGAUGACUCCUGUUUUCUGCUUUGUGCAACUUUAUGAAUAGCAGUGCCUCUUAACUAAGAACACUGGAAGGAGACCAGUUUUGGGGAGAAAGCACAAUUCCUGUAUAAAGACUUGAGACGUCUUUGAGAUACUUAAAUGUGUAUAUUAGGUAGCUGGGUAUAUAGAUUUGGGGGCAGAAGGGUCUCAUGAUAAGAAUUUGAUGUAUAGAUGGCCCUUGGAAGCACAGGAAAAAGUACUUCUCUAAGGAGAGUGUAGAGCAUGGCCUGGCAAACCACAGGUCAGACCUAGUCCUUCAUCUAUUUUUAUAAAUAAAGUUUUAUUGGAACACAA